AUGACGGCAGAGCAAAUAAAGAACCUGGAGGAGAUGAAGCUGAAGGAUUUGAAGGCUAAGAAUUACUUGUUUCAGUCGCUUGACAAGUCAAUUCUAAAGACGAUCACGCAAAAGGAGACAUCUAAAAAGCUCUGGGACUCCAUGAAGUUGAAGUGUCGAGGCAAUGCUCGAGUGAAGAGAGCUCAGCUCAAUCGUCUACGGCGGGACUUUGAGGUCUUAGCAAUGAAGCAAGGUGAAUCGAUCACUGAUUAUUUUGGUCGAGUAAUGACGGUUGCAAACGACAUGAGGAAUUAUGGAGAAGAUGUGGAUGAUGUCAAGAUCGUUGAGAAGAUUUUGAGAACCCUCACUGAGAAAUGGAACUAUAUUGUUUGUUCCAUUGAGGAAGCCAAGGACAUAGAUGAACUAUCUGUGGAUGCCUUGCAAAGUUCUCUGCUUGUUCAUGAGCAAAAAUUCAAAGUAAGUGGAGAAGAGGAACAUGCUUUGAAGGUAACUCAUGAAGAAAGCUAUGGUGGAAGAGGGCGAGGAAGAGCUACUUUUCGAGGAGGUCGGGGACAAGGCAGAGGCAGGGACAGCCAACCGAGGAGUAAGGAAACAAUUGAGUGUUACAAAUGA